GCGUGAGCGACUCAAGGCCCCGGAGCACCAGCGUAGAUCGGGGUCGUUAAUCUCAAUUUUGCGACCCAGCAACGUAGAACCUGGAGCGUGCGAUGAUGACCAUACAUCCAUGGUAUCCGAGCUUGGAGAGAUCAUGACUUGCAACUCGUGUUUUAUUUUUUUCCCACUUCUUCUCUCGUUCGCCUUCGUUUCGCUCGCCCACCGCGUUUACCUACUCGCAAAGAAUAAUGGUGUGUCUGCUGUGCAUUUCUCUUGGGAUCACUCUAGCUGCCGUUUCCCUGCAUGGCCCAAAACAACAAUAACUAAUGGAGAGGCACGGAGUAUUGCCAUACUUCUCGGGCGAGUCAGGCCACGUGCUGCGCCGUAGUUAGUGAUGCCGAAAGCAACGGCAUCAAAGUGCAAUCUACACAUGGUUCUGCCAGAACGGAUAUUGUGGUGCAAAUGUCAGGGAGAAUGCGCCUACAACUAGU